AUGAAGAUGCGAUCGCUGGAACAAGAAAUUGAUUUGCCUGACGUUUCGGAUUCUCACUCGAAUCCAUCAUCAGAGAUUUUCGCAGAUAAAGUUGAAGCUGCCAACAUGAUCGCAGCAUUGGAAUCAAUACUCAGCCAGACGGGCGCGACAGGUGAAACGAAGAACCUCAUUCAACACCAAUUGUCCUCCCUCCUCAUGGCUCAUAGGCCGCGCGAUGUGCUUUCCAAGGUCGAGCGGGAUGCACUUAAGAAAUUCAGGGCCGACAACGACCUCGUUAUCGUGCCUGCGGACAAGGGGCGUUCAACGGUCGUAUUGGACAGGACAGGCUACAAUCAAAAAGCCAAAAGCUUGUUGGAGGAUCGUCAAUCCUAUGUCCCAUGCGAAUCCAACCCCAUGAAAACGCUGACACGCGAGAUUAACGCGACGCUGUUGGCAAUGGAGAACUCAGGUGCAAUAUCGCCAAUCGACCGACGCAUGGCGAGAGCACAAGAAACGGCCCUAGCCCGAUUCUACGGUCUCCCAAAAGUGCACAAAGAGGGCGCUCCUCUCCGGCCUAUCGUAUCACUAAAGGGCACUCCAAUCUACGGACUGGCAAAGUGCCUGUUCCAACGUCUCAAGUUUCUGACCUCCGAUUCGAACACCACAGUCAGCUCGUCAACGCAAUUCUUGGAGAAACUUAAAGGAGUAAGUCUCCUGCCAAGCGAUAUCAUGGUUUCCUUUGAUGUCACGUCCCUUUUUACUUCUAUCCCGCAGGACCUGGCAGUCGAGACAAUCGAACUACUCCUACGAGAGAAGUACGACGAAACGGAGAAUCGCCUCGGACACGCCCAAAUCAUCCAGCUCCUGAAGUUCUGUCUCAAGACGUACUUUACAUUCGACGGAACAAUCUACGAGCAGGUGAAGGGAACGCCAAUGGGUUCGCCGAUUUCGGGACUCAUAGCCGAGGCGGUCCUUCAACGGCUGGAGUCGCUGGUUUUCCGACACCACAGACCGAAAUUCUGGGCUCGGUAUGUGGAUGACACCUUCGUCGUCAUCGAACGGGAUCAGGUGCUGACUUUCAAAGAACAACUCAACGCCGUCUUCCCGGACAUUCAAUUUACGAUGGAGGAGGAGGAAAACAAUCAGCUGGCCUUCCUGGAUGUCCUCGUCUGCCGCAAAGAUUGUGGUGGCCUAAAAACCAAAGUGUUCAGGAAAGCGACAAAUACGACGCAAAUACUGAACUUCAAUAGCAACCACCCGAUCAGUCACAAACGCAGUUGCGUAAGGGCGCUAUACCGGCGUGUUGAGACGCACUGCAGUGAAAUGGAAGACAAGGUUGCUGAAUUACAAUAUCUUCGACGGGUAAUGAGAGCCAAUGGCUACCCGCGCAACUUUGUCAACCAGUGCAUACGAAAAGGACACCAGAGACCAAAUCCAACUAGCCCCAAAUUUUGGCGGGCUCUUCCGUACGUGAAGAACGUCUCGGAAGCCGUCAGUCGUCUUCUCACUCCACUUGGAGUUGGUGUUGCACACAGGCCGGAAGCAACCAUUAGGCGCCAAGUAAUGAGGCCAAAAGACCCGCUGCCACGGCAGGAAACGUCUGGAGUCGUUUACCGGAUCUGGUGUAGUUGCGGACAAAGCAAUUAUGUCGGAGAAACUGGGAGAUUACUCCGUACGCGACUUGCCGAGCACGCAGCAGCAGUGAGGCGGGGAGACGCUAACUCUCAGGUGGCGGCACACUCGACGGGACCCGGCCAUAAUUUCAAAUUUCAAGAGGCCGAAAUCCUCGCAAGGGGUGACAACCGCGUGAGCCGCGAGCUGCUCGAGUCAUGGUUCUCAGGCCCGCAAUCCAUCAACAAACACAAUGACCUCCCGGUGGCCUAUUCCGUAUUGCGAUUUUCCCUGGGCAGGAGAAUCAGUCACGUGGGGAGGGCGCGGGUGAGCAAUUAUCACGGUGACAGUGAGCCAGUUUGCCGAGCAAUCGUCACACCAGCAUCGAGCACGGAUGACGAAAUCGCGGCAAUUAACAACUCGGACUCGGACCGCCAAGCCACCGCCGCAUCAAUUACGACCCCAGCGGCGAUUGUGAGAACUGUUAAUUGCAGUGCGCAUACGGUCCCACGGCAGCCACGUGCUAUAAAUACUGCAUUCCUGGUGCCACCUUUACCUCUAUCUGCGAAUGUCUCUGAUGAUGGGCUCGAGUGA